GAGGCACGCGCAACCAGCGGAGCAUCAGUUCCUCCUUUUAGCGUGCUUUGUGAAAUUCUGAUGUUUCCCUGAAAGGAAUAAACCUAGACCUAGACAACUGCUCCAGUUUUUUAAAUGCAUUUAACAAACCGUCAUCUGCCGUUAUAGAACUAUAUCCGUGCGUGCAUUUCAUCCAGUUGGAAAUUAUCUCGUUUUUCUAUUUCCGAAUGAAUAGUUCUCUCUUACAAUCAAAAUGCCUGAGCUCAUAUCUGUGGACGAUUUUAUUGCGGAGACCUUGGAGGACUACAGCUCACCCACAACCUCGUCUUUCACCACCAAGAUGUCAAGUUGUAGAAACACGGCACACAAUUUGGAAGAGGCUCUGGACAGCGACAGGACAGUGUUACAGAAGAUGAAGAAAGCAGCCAAGGCCAAACAUUUGUCAGGACAAGACCACAUCUCCCACCUCGAGCACUACAUCAGCUCUAUGGAGAAGCUGUCGGCCAACUGCCACUCCAACGGCGAGGAGGAGGUGGCCUCGGCCUUCACGCGCUUUGCCGAGUUCUCCAGGGAGCUUCUCACCCCCAUGAAGAACCUGCUGAAGAGCAUGCUCCACAACAUCAACUUCUUCCUGGAGUCCCUGGUGAAGGGAGACCUGAAGGAGGUGAAGGGGGAUCUGAAGAAGCCAUUUGACAGAGCCUGGAGAGACUAUGAGAGCAGAUUUACUAAGAUAGAGAAGGAGAAGCGGGAGCUGGCUAAGCAGUACGGUAUGGUGAGGACGGAGGUGAGCGGAGGAGAGAUCGCUGAGGAUCUGGAGAAAGAGCGAAGGAUGUUCCAACUGCACAUGUGUGAGUAUCUGAUCAAAGUGAACGAGAUCAAGACCAAGAGAGGAGUAGACCUGCUCCAAAACCUCAUCAAACACUACCACUCCCAGUACAAUUUCCUGCAGGAGUGUGUGUCAGCUACAGAGCGUCUGAAGCAGUACAUGGAGGAGCUGACAGGAGGGCUGGGCACUAUUAAACAAAGGCAGGACGAGGAGAAGAGACAACUCUGUUCUCUGAGAGACCAGCUCCGACCUUCACUACAGCCUGAGCUCAAAGAGGACUCCAUCAGCAGACAGGCUGCGUACAGCAUGCACCAGCUGCAGGGCAAUAAGCAGUACGGGAGUGAGAGGAAUGGCUCUCUCUACAAGAAGAGUGAUGGGCUGAGGAAGAUGUGGCAGAAGAGGAGAUGUUCGGUGCAGAACUGCUACCUCACCAUCGCCCAUGGAACUCCCAACAAAUCUCCUGCCAAGCUGAACCUGCUGACCUGCCAGGUCAAACCCAGCCUGGAGGACAAGAAGUGCUUUGACCUCAUCUCCCAUAAUCGCACAUAUCAUUUCCUGGCUGAGGAUGAGUCAGAGUGUGUGGCAUGGAUCUCGGUGCUGAGUAACAGUAAGCAGGAGGCGCUGAGUGUGGCUCUGGAUGGGGGGCGGGGCGGGGGGCGGGGCGGGGGGCGGGGCGGGGGAGAAAACAGCCUGGACGACCUGACCAGGGCCAUCACUGAUGACAUCAGACGCAUGCCCGGCAACAACGUCUGCUGCGACUGUGGAGCACCAGAGCCCAGCUGGAUCUCCACUAACCUGGGCAUCCUGACCUGUAUCGAGUGCUCAGGGAUUCACAGAGAGAUGGGCGUCCACUACUCGCGCAUACAGUCCCUCUCUCUGGACACCCUGGGAACCUCAGAGCUUCUGCUGGCCAGGAACGUUGGAAACUCAGGCUUCAAUGAGAUUGUUGAGGCCAACCUGUUAAGCCCCUCCCAAAAGCCCACUGCCAUGAGUGACAUGGCUAUGCGUAAGGACUACAUCCUGUGUAAGUAUGUGAAGGGUCAGUUUGCCCAGCGAGGGAGCAGUUCUCCUGCAACGCUGCAACGCAGCCUGCAGGAGGCAGUACGGAGCCGAGACGUGUUCAGCCUCAUCCAGCUGUACGCUCAGAGAUCAGACCUCAGCCUGCCUCUGCACACCUACGUACAGGAGAAGGGGGAAAAUGCCCUCCACCUGGCCGUCCUAUUGGCUGACAGGACCUCAUUGCACAUGGUCGACUUCUUGGUUCACAACUGCACUAACCUGGACGCCCAGACUUCCAGAGGCAGCACAGCCGUUCACUACUGCUGCCUCCACAACAACACUGAGUGCCUCAAACUGCUGCUCCGGGCUAAGGCCAACACACACCUCAAAAAUGACCUGGGAGAGACUGGGCUGGACAUCAGCCGCAGGUUAAAACACAACCAUUGUGAAGAACUGAUCCAGCAGGCCCAGAGUAACCAGUUCAACAUGCACCAGCACGUGGAGUACGACUGGAGGCUUCGCCAUGACGACCCCUAUGACCCCUAUGACAGCGACGAGGACCUGGAGGACAAGAGCGGCCCAGUGAAGAAGGACCGUACCUCUAGGCCCUUCAGCCUGUAUCGCACCACCACAACCUCUUCCACCACCCUGGACCGGGAAGGUGGGGGAGGGAGCAGGGGAGGGCUCUUCAGUGUGGGUCGCCGGCUAGCCAUGGCUCGCGAGCACAAGCACAGCUCACACACACGCAGCCUGGACAGCCCCCCGCCACCUCCCCCGUCCUCCCCUGCACCUCCUCUACCCCCCAGGGUCAAAGCCCCCACUGUGCCUCCCCCACCUCCCCCAGUGAGUCCCCCCGAGGAGGAGGUAGGCUGGGGGGAGGUGUUCUCCCCCCCCAGCAGCAGUAAGAAGCGGACCCCCCCUCUCCCCCUCGUCAUCAGACACAAGAGGACCUACUCUGAGCCCAGCCCCAUGGCCCCCUCCAGCCCACACACCCCCCGGCUCACAGGCAACGCAGACUAUGGGGUGCCCUCCAGUUCAAGGGGCUACGGGGGUCCAGACUCCUCCUUCCAGAAGUGUGUUUCAGGGUCUCCUAAGUUCAACGUGACCAGCCUCAACGCCCUGGAUGAGCUGCCAGAGAGAGGCUUCCGGACAGACACAGAGGGAAACUCCUCCCAUUUCCUGUAUCAGAUGUCUCCUCCCAGCAGCAGAGCUCUUCCCCUUAGUUCACCCUCCAAUCACCACUCCUUCAGCCUGGAUGCCAAUGGAGGCCCCGCCCACCAUGGGCCCGCCCCCCACCCCCUGCCUCGCAGAUCUCUGCCCAGACCAAGGCUGCGUCGUGUCCAGGCCAUGUACGACUGUGAGGCAGACCACCAUGAUGAGCUGAGCUUCACUGAGGGAGAGGUGCUGGUGGUGCUUGGAGAAGAGGACGCCGACUGGUGGCAUGGUUAUGUGGAGGGCCAGCCAAACCACCAGGGUCUGUUCCCCUCCUCUUUCGUCCAGGACCUGGUAGAAUGACCCCUGACCCCUGGCUUCCACUGUGCGCAGAUUAAAGCCUAUCUCACCUGGGUUGUACAUCCAGUCUUCAGAUUCCAGAACUCUGGAGAACCGUCCCCCCUGGGUCAUGCACGAAGGGCAGAUGGAACCGUGAGGGUACAUGUUCCGCUGGGCUCUCCUCAGUCCUGAACAGGCCUUGUCUCCACCCACCGUGGGUGGAAGAGACCUUGAGCUCCAUCAGUUGAUCCUGUAGAACAGCCGUCCUCCACCCUGGUCCUCAGGGACACACUGUCCUGCAUGUUUUAGAUGUUUCCCUGCUCCAACACACCUGAUUCAAAUGAAUGGGUCGUUAGGAAGCUCAGCAGAAGCCUGACCAUAGCGACCCAUUCAUUUGAACCAGGUGUGUUGGAGCAGGGAAACAUCUAAAACAUGCAGCAGGAAGUCCCUGAGGACCAGGGUUGAGAAGGGCUGCUGUAGGACCAUGAGGCAGAUGCCUCCUCCAUCUAUAGCUCUUUAACUCCCCCUGGUUAAGCCUCAAGCAGUCCUCAUGUCCACCCGGCCCAGCUGCCCAGCGGCCCCAUCACUGGUCAGUGGGGCCGGCCACCUCUGCAGAAGCCUGAUAACAACCAUUCAUUUGAAUCAGGUAUGUUAGAAACAUCAAACCCAUGCAGGACAGUGGGCCCUGAGGACCAAGGUUGAGGACCACUGAUCUAGAUGUCUCCUCCUGUGUUGUUAAGGCCUGGGGGCGUGCCAAGCAGACUAACAGGGCUAGUCUUCUCUAGUAUUGAUGUCAAUGUGAAUCACUGCUUGAUUAGGGCAAUUUUCAUUAUGGGUCUAGACUGCUUAAAAAAAGAAAUGGUUUUGGUAAUAAGAUGCUGAACGAUGCAAAGUGAUAGAAGAUAGUGCAUGUGGCCAGAGUGCAGUGGUUCUGGUCUUGAAUGCUCCCUGCAUCUCCAAAUAAUGUAAUAUUACUGCAUUAAUUUAGCAGACUCUUCUUUCCAAAAUGACGUACAGAGCUGGGUUUUGAACCUAUAACCCCUUGAUGUGCAGUCAAAGGCUCUACAGUUGAGCUAACCCUAUCACCUAUACUAAAAGCCCCACAAUUCCUCAGGAAACUGCUGAGUCAUGAACACAUAUCUGUUGCGACAGGACAAUAAUAAAGGAGGGUGGUGAUUGGUCAAUCAUCAUUGAAGGCUGAUUGGUCUUAUGCUUUUCUAUAUAUAAAUAUAUAGAGAAAAGGCAGCAGUUUAAUGGUCAAUUAUGAACAAUUCAAUACAUUAUGUAUAAUGUAAAUUUCUACACACACACA